CACCCUCCUACUGAACGAUCCACAGGUCUACCAAAUACCUGUUUCAUUCCAUAAGAACGGUCGAAACUUACUGGUAAUUCAUCGAGAUGGCACCCCAGAAGAUGAAAGCAGCUGUAACAAUUGGCCCGGGUGGAAAGGUGGAAAUCAAAUCCGACGUUGAUGUGCCAAAACCAAAGCCUACAGAAGUCCUUGUCAAGGUCAUCGCUGCUGCGACUAACCCGACAGAUUGGAAGACUAUAACGCAUGUUCCCACGACGGGCAAUAUCGCAGGCUGUGAUUUCGCAGGAAUAGUUGAAGAGCUUGGUCCUGAAGUUCCAGCGGGCGCAUGUAACGUUGGUCAGCGAGUAGCGGGUCUUGCUCAUGGAUCCGCGUUCCCGAAUGGUGCCUUUGCAGAAUACGUUGCUGCACCUGCUUCUCUGCUUCUCCCCUUGCCAGAUUCUUGGUCGUUCGAAGAAGGAGCACAACUCGGAAUUGCAGGAUACACAGCUUGUCUUUGCCUGUACCACGCCCAAUCGCUUCCUACACCAGACGCACCGACUAAGGAGCCAUUGGAUAUUCUUGUCUGGGGAGGGUCGUCGUCAGUUGGACAAUAUGUCGUGCAACUUGCCCACCUUGGGGGAAUGCGCGUCGUUGCAACGUCCUCUCCGCGCAACUUCCCUCUGCUCCAGAAACUGGGUGCCGACCUUGUCUUUUCGUAUGCAGAUCCAGAAACUCCGGAGAAGAUCCGCGAAGCAACGGGUGGAAAACUCGCUCAUGCAGUCGAUUGUAUUUCUGAAGGGGAGACUUCCGAGCAAAUUGCUCGUGCCAUCGGCGAUAAUGGCGGUGUAGUCAGUAUUAUAUUGAACUGCAAGAGUCCAAGGCCAGAUGUGGAGUUCAGGCAUGUUCUUGCAUACUUCCUAUUAGGCUAUAAUCUCGAAAUUCCGAUGAAGCUACCCUUGGAUACUGCACAAUUUGAGUUCGCUCCAAAAGCGAAGAAGAUUCUUACUGAAGCACUUGCGAAUGGCUCACUUAAGCCUGGUCCAAUCAAGGUCAUGCCGAACGGACUUGCGAGCGUGAACGAUGGACUUGCUUACCUGCGAGACGGAAAGGUCAGUGGGGAGAAAGUCAUCUACCGUAUCUCCGAUACGCCCGCGUAAAGUGGACUUGGUGGAAAAGAUAACAACAAAUGUCAGAAGAAUUUUAUAUGUAUAGUAAGGGACUGGGGCGCUGAUAUUAUUGAUCCUUGUGACUAUGUUCAUUUUACUGUAACAUUGUAUUCUCAUCUUUGCUGCUUGUAUGAUUCUAGUUCGGCACUUUUUGCAGCAGCAUAACUUUUUACGAUAAUCUGAAUAUCGUAAUCGAAUGGAUACGAAGUUUCAAUACUAUAUUGCAUCAAGUCUCGACACUCGGGAAUAGCCUAUGUAUUAGGGAGAAUAAAGAUUCGAAGCGUUAGCUUGAAGGGCUGCCACUGUUGGGGAGGCAAGGAAUAAAUUAAAUCAAGGCUCCAUCCACCCUGGCAACAGGAAAGAUUUAUUUACCACUUACAACAAUAUGAUAUAUACGAAUUGUACAAAGAGCGUGAUAUCAAUUUAUAUUUUUUGUUAUCUCCUUUAUUCCUUUGUGUAUCUUU